CCCUCAUACCCAACCACAACAAUGGCAACACCACCACCCCAACACCUCCCCGUCCAAACCCACCACUGCCGUUUCUGCAACCACCUCCUCCUAGCAACAACGCGCUCAAUCCCCUCCCUCCCGCGCCGCAAAGAACCCUCAAAAGACAAUGCGUUGAUUCUUCCCCUCCCGCUCGAUACCACUACCUCUACCUCCACCUCCACCUCCACUGCCCCAACCACAACCACAACCGACGAUACCUCUUCCUCCUCCGCGACACAAAAACACUACACGAUUCUCCUCUCAACUACUAUUCCGGAUCGAAAACCAACAUUGAUUCGCAGAGAAGAUGGGUUCGAGAAGAGGCUUUUCUUGCGGUGUGGACGGUGUCGGGUGGUCGUGGGGUAUUUUUUGGAUCCGGUCCAUUUUCCGGAAUUGAGGGGGGAGAAGAAUAAGCGGGGGAGGGAGGAGGAUGGGGAUGGGGAUGGGGAUGGGGUUGUUGAGGGGGAAGAUGAGAAGGCGAGGGUGGUUUAUUUGUUGCCUGGGGCGUUGAUGGAGACGGGGGUAAUGAUGGAGGAGACGGAUGAGAAGGUACGGGGGUUGGAUCGGGAGUGGGUUGGGUGGUUGGAGGGGAAUUGA